CUCACAUGCGCGAAGGUAUCAAAGGGUAAAGGUACACACAGUGGCGUGCAAGGCUUUUUCCUUGCCUGCCUUCACGGCCAACUUCUGCGCCUCUUCACCUCAGGCUAAUCUCAACCCGCCUUUGUUUUGUAUCGGUUAGGAUGGGAACCUGUUGAAGACAUUAGUCAGUAUUCUGCGAUUUAUCUAGCCCGACAGCUGUCCCUAGAGACCAAACGCCAUGCCAUCUAUUAAGCGGGAGCGUGGGUGGGAGGACAAUGAGUCUGAGGAUGAGGCCUACGAGAGCGACGAUCUCGACGACAAUGAGGAUGCAGGGCAAGCUGGUGAAGAACAACAAGCUGAACCUGCACAGGGCGCUGGGCCAUCCGGUUCUGGGCGUUUAUUUGGCCGAGGGCCGAGGACGUAAGUGUUACAGCACCUUGCUGUUCAUACAUUUCCUGAACUCAAUCUUUGCCCAUAGGACGACGCCUUUUGCCAAGGGCGCUGUGAAGGAAGUCAAGGUGUACAAUUUCAUGACCUAUGGCGGCCCCGUCACCAUCAAGCCAGGUCCACGUCUCAACCUUGUCUUAGGACCCAACGGCACCGGCAAGUCCUCCUUCGUCUGCGCGCUUUGCCUCGGCCUGAACGGUUCACCCAAGACGCUGGGUCGAGCUGACAACCUGCGUGACUUUGUCCGCCGCGGCUGCCACUCCUUCUGGACGGAGAUCACGCUGAGCUCGGGCGGCGAGGGACGCGACCACGUGGUGCGCCGCACCGUCAAAACCUGGCACGACCACGGAACCGACCGCUACGAGAGCAAGUGGACCAUCAACGGCCGCGACGCCACCUCCAAGGACGUAGACAAGCUGGUCAAGCAGCUCAACGUGCAGUUCGACAACCUGUGCCAGUUUCUGCCCCAGGACAAGGUGGUUGAGUUUGCGCACAUGGACAAGUACCAGCUGCUGGCGGCCACUGAGAAGGCGCUGGGGGACUCCUCGCUGCACGACCAGCACCAGCGGCUCAAGCAGCUGAGGCAGGAGGAGAAGCAGGCUGCGGCGGACCGCGGCUCCACCGCCACCCGGCUGACCAAGCUGCAGGCGGACCAGGAGCGCCAGGAGCGGGACUACCAGCGAUUCCAGGAGCGGGAGAGGCUGCUGGGGGAGGCCCGCUCCCUCCGCUGCCAGGCCAAGUGGCUGGCCGUGUGCGCCAAGGCGCGGGCCGCGGAGGCCGCCAAGAAGAAGCUGGAGGAGGAGCGGGCGGAGCUGCGGCGGCUGGAGGCGCUGCAGGAGGAGGACACGCAGCCCAUCAGGCAGCGCGAGGAGGACAUCAAGGCUGUCAAGCUGCAGCGCACGCAGCUGGAGCAGCAGGGCCGCCGGGUGGACCGCAGCAUGCAGAACAUCCGGGACAAGCUGGACAAAAUUGACAACGACGUGAAUAACAAGGUAGAGGAGCUGGCCUCCCUGGAGGACCAGGCGCGCAGCCGGCAGGCGGCCAUUGCGGCGGCCCGGCAGCGGCUGGCGGAGGCGCAGGAGCAGCUGGCCAGCGCGCCGGAGCGGCCGUCACAGGACCAGGCUGAACGCGCCCAGCAGUUCCAGCAGCAGUUCCAGGCCAGCCGGCGCGAGGUGGGCAACAUCGAGGGGCAGCGCAACCAGCUGGCCAGCCAGAUACAGGCAGUGCAGGCGGACAUUGGGAGAGUCAGAGAGCGCCUGGACACCCUGAACAGCCGCAAGUACCAGCUGCUGCAGCGGCUGCAGGCCAGCCACCGCAACAUCGCCUCGCUGCACGCAUGGGUGGAGGAGCACCGGGAGGACGGCACCUUCCGCGGCCCCGUGUUCGGGCCGCUGGCGCUGGAGCUGUCGGUGGCGGGCGGCGCGGGCAGCCCGCUGGCGGUGCAGUAUGUGGAGAACACCUGCUUCACGUGGCUGGGAUCCUACCUGGUGACGUGCAGGGAGGACGAGACAACGCUCGCUGAGAAGGCCCGCUCCAUGGACGUGCACAACGUCAAGGUGCUGGCCACCACCUACGACCCCGCCACGCCCUUCCAGCCGCAGUACCCGGCGGGGACGGCCAGCCAGCACGCCAGGUACGGCAUCAUGCACACCCUGGACGAGCUGGUUGAGGCGCCGCACAUCAUCAUGCACGCGCUCAACAAGCAGUGCAGGCUGGACAGCGUGUUUGUGGGAAACGACCACGCCGUGUCCUGCAUGGACACGCUGGGCCGCGAGACCCCCGUGAGCACCGUGCUGGUGGGCACCGUGCGCUACUCGGUCAUCAAGAGCCGCUACGCCGACGUGCGCAACAUCGAGCAGCGGGAGCUGUUCCCGGUGCGGGUGCUGGGGGCGGGCGGGGGCGCGGAGGAGGACCAGGAGCGGGCGGCGCUGCUGGAGAGGGAGCGGGAGCUCACGCAGGAGCGCGACGCCCUGCAGUCCGAGUCCGACCAGCUGGAGCAGCAGCGCCAGCAGCACGAGCAGCAGCAGGAGCAGUGCAGGAGGGAGAUCGAGCGGUACAACGCGGAGUGCCAGCGGAUUAACAACAAGCGCGGCCAGCUGAUGGGCGCCGUGCAGACCGCUCAGCGGGCGCUGCAGCACAAGGAGGCGCUGCCCGACCCCGAGCUCAGGCGCCCGCUGCUGCGGCAUGACAUCCACUCCCUCAUAUCCCAGCAUGCCGUGCUGGUUGGCCAGCUGCUGGCCGCCAGCCAGGAGGCGUGGCAGGUGAUGCGCGCGGGGCAGCUGCUGGAGCUGCGGCAGAGCGAGAUGACGGCGCAGCUUGAGGCCCUGCAGGCCGCCCGCCGGCGGCGCGAGGGUGACCUGCAGGCGGCUCGCAACACGGUGGAGGACGCGGACCGGCGCUUCAGGGCGGAGCUGGAGGAGUCGAAGCGGGCCAAGGAGCGGGCGCAGGAGGAGUACCCGCCCACGGAUGCUGACAAGGAGGAGAUCAAGCGGCUGGAGCGGGAGAAGGUGCCCUCGGGCUCGCUGCUGCAGCAGGCGGAGGCGAAGGAGGCGGAGGCGGAGCAGGUGGUGUGCGCCAACCAGAACGUGGUGGCAGAGUACCGCAAGCGCGCUGCCGACAUAGCGCAGCUGCAGGCGGACCUGGAGCGGCACGACGCGGAGCUGGUGCAGCUGCGGGCCCGCAUCGAGGAGCUCAGGAACCUGUGGCUGCCCGAGAUCCAGGCCAUGGUGUCCACCAUCAACUCCUCCUUCUCCGCCAACUUCAAGGAGAUCGGCUGCGCGGGGGAGGUGCGGCUGCACGAGGACGAGGACUACGACAAGUUCGCCAUUGAGAUCCUGGUGCAGUUCCGCGCGCACGAGGAAAUGCAGCUGCUGACCGCCCACCGGCAGAGCGGCGGGGAGCGCAGCGUCUCCACCAUCCUGUACCUCAUCGCGCUGCAGGCUGUCACGGACACUCCCUUCCGAGUGGUGGAUGAGAUCAAUCAGGGCAUGGACCCGAUCAACGAGCGCAAGGUGUUCCAGCAGCUAGUGAUCGCCUCCACCGCCGCCAACACGCCGCAGUGCUUCAUGCUGACGCCCAAGCUGCUGCCCAACCUGGUCUACAGCCGCGACAUCGUGGUGCUCACCAUCAUGAGCAGCCCCCACAUCGCGCCGGCGCUGGUGACCGGACACACCAGCAUGCGGCAAGCCCUGUUCGGUAAGCGCUACUGUUUGGAGCACCCGCGCGACCGCUGAGGAGGGGCACACGAGCAGCUGGAGAAGCCAACCCUGGGGAGCGGGGCUGGGGGCUAGGGAGGUGAACGCAUGGUGGGGUAGGGCAGUGUGUGGGGUGCAGGGUGCAGGGUCUGGGGGGCACCCUUUGGAGGGAGUGGUGCUGCUGCGGCUGGUGAGCUUCUGGCGAGAUGGAAUCUCAUGAGAUUGCAUGCAUUGUAACUUGUGCAUUGACCGACACAGCAUGAGACAUGGUCCUGGACGAAGGUUUGACGUAUUGACGGGCAAAGCAUGUUUCCUGACGUGGACAGAAGGAUUGCGCUCAGCAGUUACCGGUAUUUUGUACGGUAUGCAUGGGUACUAGCAUGGGUAUUAAGCAUUAAAAGUUGGGAGGCGUCGAAGUCAUUGUUUGCGAAGGGACGCUUGCUGCAUUGGGGCAUCACUGGGGCGACACGAGGAGUGUAGAAACAAUCAUGUCAUGUGCCAUUCACCCAUUCAACAUACCGGUAUUGCGUACGGGCCCCAGCCCCUCAUGCUGCGCUAAUAAGCAAUAACACCGUAAGGACAGG